GUGAGAGGCAACAAGCAUUUAUUUGAGAUAGAAAACAAUAGCUUUUUGGGGAAUCACUGACUCAGGCAGAAAACCAAAUAGUGUUCCAAUUAGAAUACAAAGGCAAAGGGUAUUUAUGGAAAGGAAAAGAGUGAACUUACAUCCAUAAAAGGAAAGCAUUUCUAUUGGUGCAGAAAAGCUAACAUAGUGAUGCAAAUUUUAAAAAAUAUUUUUAAUUUUCAGUCCAGUCAUCAUAGUAUCUGUUUUCUUGCUAUGUUUGCAAACAGUUCUUUGGGACACAAUGUUGAUUUAGGCCCGGUCCAAAGGUUAUUUUGCCCUGUUUUAACAUUCCAAAGGUUUGAGGCUUAAGAUGUACAAGGCAAUUCCUCUGGAUGGCUGCUCUGGCUCCAUUUUAAAGUGGCUACAUUUAUAUUAUUUUAAACAAAAUGAUCAUCAUAAUUGUGUAGUAUCUACUAGGUUACAUUGCUCUUGUCUCUUCUGGACUGGAAUUUUCCUACUCUUUUUUUUUACUUGCGAGUGAAGGUCUUGAAGGUGGAUCUGCUUUUACCUUAUUAACACCUUGAGACAAAUUUGGGAGAUAGAGGUGGUGGUGAGCAUUUGGAAACUUCACCUCUGGGCCUAACCCUGCCACUAAUUAUAUGACUUUCAAUCCCUUGCUUCUCUGGAUCCAAUUUUCUUUACUUGUAACAUCAAGAAGUUAACUAAAUUAUUAUCACUAAAAAAAAUGUACAGUUCUAACAUUCUUUGAUUUUUGUUGUUGUUGUUACAGCUGUUCCCUCCUGUUUUUUCCUGGGUUGACUUUCUUCUGUCCAUAAUUUAUUAAGUAUCUUCAUGUUUUUGAGGAUAGGGUCUGGGUUUUAUUCAUCUUUCCCCCAGUAUCUGGCAUAAUAACCAAGCAGGUGAUUUCAAGUUCCUAUUAAGAUACCAUCUUUGGCCCUGACAGGUGGUUAGAGCAGAUUCAGGUCAAGGGCGUGUACCUGGGUUGCAGGUUCCAUCCCGCCUGGCCAGGCGCGUGUAGGAGGCAAUCAAUCGUGUGUCUCUCUUACAAGGAAGUUUCUCCCUCCCCCUUCCACUUUCUCUGAAAAAUCAAUGGAAGAAAAAAAAAAUCCUCGAGUGAGGAUAAAAAAAAAUACCAUCUUUGUCCGGAGGAGCUCACAAUUUAACGGGGAAAGUGCUAAGCAUCAUUAAGUAAUCACUUCAGUAAAAGCUGUAGAAAGGGUAACAGGAACACGGGUUCCUGCCUUUCUUAUCACUUACAUGGUCCAACAGGGAACAAGAGAGCUCUUGUAAUAGUUAACGCUUGAGUGCUUUCCUUGUGCCUCCGCGUUCCACGUGUUAAGUCUCAAGUCACACCCCCCAACCCUGUGUCCUCCAGCAGUGUCACCUGCUCCCCACUGGAGGACACAGGCACGGAGCUUACGUAACCCGUUACCCCUGAGAGGCAGGUUCGGCACCGCGCUCCACCGGACAGAAUCGGAAAAACCAGAUGAAUCCCAAGAACAAACUGGUGAUUUCCCCGAGGGAACGGACGAGUUUGGAGGAGUGAUGGGUUCAAGGUACAGAAGGAGCAGAGGCAAGGGUCUACUGACGAGAAGGCUGCAGAAGUUGGCACAGGAGUUUGAAAAACAAAAAGGCGCUUCUCGGGGCUGCAUUACUCAGCGGCGACUAGGAAAGCAGGAGGGAAAGAACCGGUGAACGACACCUGCGGAGCCCCCCGGAUCCCGGGGACCCAGGAACCGGUCGGAAAUGACAUCAAUAGAGAGGCUGGGCGCUCAGCGGUACAGCGGCCUGGGGACCACCGGCCGGAAGUGAGGCAGCGGAAGUCCCGCCCCGGAGGCGGUGCCGGGUGUGAGGGGCGUCGCGAUGGGCGGGGAGAAGCUUCGCUGGUCCUCCAGGAACCCUGGAUCCCCGACAGUUUUGCAGAACACUGGUAUCCAUGGACUCUAACAUGGACUUCAUUUAAAGAAAUCCACGGACCAUUAACGGACAAAAACAUGAGUCAUUUUGUAUUGUGGCAUUCAAAUCCUAGCACUUUGGGAAAGGUUUUGGAGCCCUCCCUUACAUCAGAACUCUAUUCAGAUAAUCCUCUGAGUGUCAUCUCAGGGCCUCGGGCACACUCAUGGCACGAUGGCCGACCCUCAGGAGCACCUGAGCUGCUCCUCCUCCCCACACUUACCCUUGAGUGAAAACAAAACCUUCAAUGGACUGCAAGAUGAACUCCCGCCCAUGGGGAGCCACCCUUCACCCAAGCUCCUUAAGGACCAGCAGGACAAGGGGGUGGUGCAAACCGAGCUAACGGAGGGCAUGCACAGCCCCAUCACCACAACAGUGUUGACAAGUGUGAGCGAGGAUUCCAGGGACCAGUUUGAGAACAGCGUUCUUCAGCUAAGGGAACAAGAUGAAUCGGAAAUGGCCGUGUCUCAGGGGAACAGCAACACUGUAGAUGGAGAGAGCAUGAGUGGAACAGAAGACAUCAAGAUUCAGUUCAGCAGGUCAGGCGGUGGCAGUGGUGGAUUUCUUGAAGGACUGUUUGGAUGCUUAAGGCCUGUAUGGAAUAUCAUUGGGAAGGCGUAUUCCACUGAUUACAAAUUACAGCAGCAAGAUACUUGGGAAGUGCCAUUUGAGGAGAUCUCAGAGCUGCAGUGGCUGGGUAGCGGAGCCCAAGGAGCUGUUUUUCUGGGCAAGUUCCGAGCAGAGGAGGUGGCCAUCAAGAAAGUGAGAGAACAGAAUGAGACGGAUAUCAAGCAUUUGAGGAAGUUGAAGCAUCCUAACAUCAUCGCUUUCAAGGGUGUUUGUACUCAGGCCCCAUGUUAUUGUAUCAUCAUGGAAUACUGUGCCCAUGGACAACUCUACGAGGUUUUGCGAGCGGGCAGGAAGAUCACGCCUCGAUUGCUAGUAGACUGGUCCACAGGAAUCGCAAGUGGAAUGAAUUAUUUGCACCUUCACAAAAUUAUUCAUCGUGAUCUCAAAUCACCUAAUGUUUUAGUGACUCACACAGAUGCAGUAAAAAUUUCAGAUUUUGGUACCUCUAAGGAACUCAGCGAUAAAAGUACCAAGAUGUCCUUUGCUGGCACAGUCGCGUGGAUGGCACCAGAAGUGAUACGAAAUGAGCCUGUCUCUGAAAAAGUCGAUAUAUGGUCCUUUGGUGUGGUGCUUUGGGAAUUGCUGACAGGAGAGAUCCCUUAUAAAGAUGUAGACUCUUCGGCCAUUAUCUGGGGUGUUGGAAGCAAUAGCCUACAUCUUCCAGUUCCUUCCACUUGCCCUGAUGGAUUCAAAAUCCUUAUGAAACAGACAUGGCAAAGUAAACCUCGCAACCGACCUUCUUUCCGGCAGACACUCAUGCACUUGGACAUCGCGUCUGCAGAUGUUCUUGCCACCCCACAAGAAACUUACUUCAAGUCUCAGGCUGAAUGGAGAGAAGAAGUGAAAAAACACUUUGAGAAGAUCAAAAGUGAAGGGACUUGUAUACACCGCUUGGAUGAAGAGCUGAUUAGAAGGCGGCGAGAAGAGCUCAGGCAUGCUUUGGACAUUCGUGAACACUACGAGAGAAAACUUGAGCGGGCUAAUAAUUUAUACAUGGAGCUGAGUGCCAUCAUGCUGCAGCUGGAAAUGCGGGAGAAGGAGCUCAUUAAGCGUGAGCAAGCCGUGGAAAAGAAGUAUCCUGGGACCUACAAGCGACACCCUGUCCGUCCAAUAAUCCACCCCAAUGCCAUGGAGAAGCUCAUGAAAAGGAAAGGCGUGCCUCACAAACCUGGGGUGCAGACCAAACGGCCGGAUCUGCUGCGAUCAGAAGGCAUCCCCAGUGUGGAGGUGGCUCCCGCUGCAUCCCCUUUGUCCGGAAGCCCCAAAAUGUCCACCUCAGGCGGCAAGAGCCGGUACCGGAGCAAACCACGCCACCGCCGGGGGAAUAGCCGAGGCAGCCAUAGUGACUUUGCAGCAAUCUUGAAAAACCAGCCGGCCCCCGAAAACUCACCCCACCCCACGUAUCUACACCAGGCUCAACCCCAGCACCCUUCUCUGCAGCAGCAGUACCAGCAGCCCCCUCCCGCCACGUCUCAGAGUCACCAUCCCAGGCUCAAUGUGCACGGCCAGGACAUUGCCACCUGUGCCAACAACCUGAGGUACUUUGGCCCCGCGGCUGCCCUGCGGAGCCCGCUCAGCAACCACGCUCAGAGACAGAUGCCUGGCUCCAGCCCUGACCUCAUCUCCACAGCCGUGGCAGCAGAUGGCUGGAGAAGUUCUGAGCCUGCCCAGGGCCAGGCCGGCCCCUGGGGCUGCUGCCAGGCUGACCCCUAUGACCCCUGCGUCCAGUGCAGGCCGGAGCAGUGCGGGCCCCUAGACAGUCCCUUUGCUGAGCCGGUGGGGAGGAGCCCCGACCUUUUCAAGUCACCAGCACACAAUCUCCUCUCAGAAAAUGCCCAAGGUUCUGAGAAAAUGGAAGAAAAUGAAGAAUUCAGUGGCUGUAGGUCUGCCUCGUCCCUUGGCGUCCCUCAUCACAUCACCCCACCAGCGCUACCUCGAAAAACAAGGCCCCUUCAAAAGAGUGGAGAUGAGUCCUCAGAAGAGGAAGAAGGGGAAGUAGAUAGUGAAGUUGAAUUUCCACGAAGACAGAGGCCCCAUCGCUGCAUCCGAAGCUGCCAGUCGUAUUCAACCUUUAGCUCUGAGAAUUUCUCUGUGUCCGAUGGCGAGGAGGGAAAUACCAGUGACCACUCAAACAGUCCUGAUGAGUUUGCUGAUAAACUUGAAGGCCGCCUGGCAGAGAGGCUCGAUGACCUGCUGUCCCAGACGCCGGAGAUUCCCAUCGAGAUCUCCUCGCAUUCAGAUGGGCUCUCUGACAAGGAGUGUGCCGUGCGCCGCGUGAAGACGCAGAUGUCUCUGGGCAAGCUGUGUGUGGAGCAGCGUGGCUACGAGAAUCCUAUGCAGUUUGAAGAAUCGGACUGUGACUCUUCAGAUGGGGAGUGUUCUGAUGCCACAGUGAGGACCAAUAAACACUACAGCUCUGCUACUUGGUAAUGAGAGGACACCCAUCCUGAAGAUGACGUGACAAUACUGAUGUUUCAGAUCCGCCCCACCCCGAUUCCUCCCGCUCUCCCCCUGCCUUUUUGUCUGGGAAGAGAGCUGCCCCAUCUUUCUUACCCCUAGAAAUAAGCUGCAAUAACAGGAACAUGAGACUUCGCAAAUCUCUGGAAAAAAAAUAUCCAAAUGAAACUAAGUCUCACUGAACAUUUCAAUCAAGAAUGGCAGGGAUCUAUUUUAUUGAAUAUUCUAGCUACUGUAACAUUGAUAUUUAUUUUUGUUUGACAUUUUAACACUUUGUACUGUAAAGAUUGAACUAUAUAUGAUAGAGAGAGAGACAAUAAUUUCUUGCAAAAAAAAAGAGAGGAAGAAAGAAGUGGAAUUUAGAAGCAACAUUCUUGGUAAUUUGUGGGGCCAAGAGGUAUUAUUAUUGCUACUUGAACAGGGGACCAGUUCUUUUGACCAUAAGUGACUGAAGAAGAGCCAGAGCAAGACAUGUUGAGCAUUUUAGAAAACAAAGGACAGCAAAAGAAAAGCAAUUCCGGGUAACUUGUGAAUAGACCACAUUUAAGUUCAACCAGCUUAUCCUUUGGGUGAUGAAAAUUAUCUAGAAAAGUUUGGUAACCAGAUACUUGCACCCAAGGUCUUUGAGGGCAUGUGCUUCCUCUAGGAGGAAAAAAAAAACUAUAUGUGAAAACUGGUUUCAUUUUUAUUUAUUUUAAGCAGCAUUUAGUUGUGAGACUUAUGGAUAGAGUCGAAUCUUCCUUGACAAAUAUUUACCUUUUAAAUGCUGUCAUUGCCAUUACCUUGACAAAUGUGUGACCUUGACCAACGUGCCAUUUCCUCAUAGCCAUUUCCUUUCCACCUGGUGACCACUUCCUUUAGGAAAAAGGGGAGGGCUGAGAAGAAGAGAAGGAUAAGAGAAAAAGGAAACUGACCACAGUGUUAGAAAAGCAAACGUGGAAUUUGUAAAAGUACGUUGUCAGAACCUCUCAGUUCCGCUCGUCCAGAAGGUGGAGCUAGCCCUCUGUGGAACCAGGUUGCUUGUCUACUAGAGUCAUAUUGAUUCAAACAGGAGAACAGACUUUGAAGGCAGCUAGGGUGUGUGUGAGUCUGUCCAAUGUCCAAUCACAAACCAUUCCCUUGUUUUUACUUAUUAACUCAUUCUAUCCUGUAAGCUUUAGUGACUGGCUUCCACUAUCAGAAUAAAGGCAAAAUAAGCAAGUUGCAAAAGACACUCCCCACCACAAUAUCCCAGCAUAAUAGCAUUUUUGUUCAAAGCUGUUUGUGAAAGGUAUUUUACUUUUCUUCGGAUCAACGCAAUUUUAAAUCAUUGGAUUUGGGAAUUUGUGCAAAGAACAACUGAUGCUGAGCAGCAAUUGGGAAGAUUUUGCCUUUUCCAAAGCAUGAGGUCCUUCCUAUCCAGGGUCAUGGGCUCUGAAAAGCAUGCCAAGGUACAUCAUGGUACCUCAGCUGUAAGCCAAUUUUUAUGUAGAAUUUUAUAUAAAAACAGAUAUCGGCCUCGUUCCUGUCUCUGUCUCCAAGAUAGAUUACUGUCAAACAAAGUCUCUAGGCUCAGAAUCUGAAGGCGAUGGCUAGAGUCUUAGACACGGCAUCGUGUUGGACAUUAGGAAAGACUUACACAUAUUGGCAUUAAACCAUUCCAGUGCAGGUGGAAACGUUGCCCUCCGCUGGGUUUCACCGAUUGCAUCAGCCAAAAAGGAAAGGCAGGAGGGAAUUGAGAGCAGUUCCUUUUGCUUGUCUGAUCCCUCAUUUGUUUACAAUUUAUGUUGAGGUAUUAAUUUAAAAUUUACUGUCUUUUAAUUUAUAGCUCUUAAGUAAGAUGAAGGAAAAUGUCUAACUUAUACAGAGAACAGUAUUGUUUGCAUUAAAUUAUUCCAUUUUGUAUACAUUCUGUAGCUGGACUACAUGAAAGAUCUUAAGUUAUGGCAUUAUUAUCAUUGUUAUUUUAUUUUAUAAUAAUUAUUGUCAUUCUCAUUUUCUGUCGAUCAGAAGGUGUGGUUUACAGUGUAGCACAAUGAUUGUGUUUAUCGCUAACCAUGAAUUAUCGUGAAUUUUUAUGAUUUUUAUGAAGGAAUGAAAAUGAGACUGCCACUUGGGAGCUCUCCAGUAUUCAUCUUAGGUGCAUUCCCUCAUUUUCUGUGUGCAACAAUCAUCUGAGGAUGUGUGCUCUGCCCUGGAGCCCAGUGGGCACAUGGUGACUUUGACUUGAUCGUGGAAGCUCCUGGGUGGGCAGAUAACUGAGUGGAUGGACAAAUAGUUCAAAGGCUGUAAUCUUUCUCAAGUUUCUUAAAUAAAAUCAUGAGACUACA